GUACUAGUGCAAGGUUAAAUUAAAUCUCAAAAACAUUAUAGUAAAAUGAAGGGUUUGUCUUUUGUUGUUGUUGGCUCCACUUUACAGAUCAAAAGAAGAAAGAGAACAAAACAAUUGCAAUAUCCGUAGAUUUUGGGAGAAAUCAUUAUAAUAUUAAUUGGCCUUUCAUUCUUGGGUCCAAGUUAUUAGACCAUGGUUAACGUUUCAGAGCAGUUUGGAACCUGCAUGUUCAUGUAAGAAAAACGUUGUUACUUCUAGUUUUAUAGGACCCUAAGAAAUCUAUUAACAAAAGAGCAGAAUACACAAGGAAAACAUUGGUACAAAACUUGGAAACUCUGCCUUAGUAAUCCAACACUUAAAUUGACUACAGUACCCUUCUCGACUCUUCACUGUGGUUCUUUUGUUUAGGACGAUAAUGUCAUUUGUACAAUAUAGAUUGAACCGAACUUUAGGCCCAUUUCUUGUUUUUUUGGGCCUUGGCGAUCCUUUGGUUCUCUUAACGAAUGGUUUUUUGAAUACGAAGACUACUAUUAAUGGUAUGUUUUCCAUUUGAAGCAAUAAGCAUCAAAACAGAGAGAACCCUCUGUUUUUGAAAGUUUUUGCUACAAAAGGCCAAAACCUUUAGAUCAAAUCACAUCUGGAAAAACUAGGAUCUGGAGAAACUGUUUUCACCUUUUUCUUUCCGAUCAAAAUUAGGGUUUCAGAGAGUUUCUAAGAGCACAAGAAGUUGACGACAAUGAACCACGGAAAUUAUUCGGAUGGUUCUACUUCAAAGUUCUUUAAACCGUACCUUCCUAGUGAAUCCGGAGACGAUCUGAUGCUACCCAUUUAUUUCAACAGCUGUUUACCAAAGCCUUUGCCUGAAACUGUAAAUGUUAGAAGCAUUUAUGGAAAGGUUUGGAAAUUGGUGUUGAGGAAAUGUGGUGGUGAGGUUGAGAGAUUUGUUAUGGUUAAUGGUUGGAAGAAGAUUGUAAGGGACGAAGAUCUGAAAGGUGGAGAUCUCUUGGCAUUUGAGUUUGAUGGGUCUCGUUGUUUCAAUUUAUGUAUCUACGAGCGUGAGACUAUGUGUAAGAAGCUUAAGAGAAGUUCAGAGCAAAGCGAGGAGAUCAUCGAAGUGGGAUCUGAUGGUGAAGAAGAAACUCUAGCUAGUGAUGAUUCUGACGAUUCUGAUAAUGAUUAUGCUGUUGAGGAUGAUGAUGUUGCUGAAGAUGAUGAUGGUCUUGAGGAUGAAGAUGAAGUUGAGGCUGAGGAUGAUGAUGAUGUUAAGGCUGAAGAUGACGAUGAUAAUGACGAAAGACAGUAUCUGGAUCAUCACAACAACCCGUACUUUACUAUGACACUCAAUCCGAAGAAGAAAAGCCAAUUGCACAUACCGGCUUAUGUCAUAAAGGACUAUGACUUAAACUUCCCGGCACGUAUAACAGUCAUGGACCAAUUGGGAGCAUUGGAGAAAGCAAUCAAGAUUCAAAAGAAUGGCUCCAUCUUUGUCAAGGGAUUUGGUAGUGUCAUCAGAAGGAACAAAAUGAAGAUGACUGAUAAAAUGAUAUGCGAGCUUAAGAGGACUGGAAGUAAUCUGGUUCACACCAUCAAAGUCAACAUUAUCAGCGGAUGAUCUCUUCACUAAGCUUUUAUGAGUCGUAGCUGUGAGUGGGUUUUUAUUGUGUUAGCAAUGCUAAAAUGUCUAUCUUAGGAUUUGGGUUUAUAACUAAGAAUUUGGUCGUGAGAGAUGUUUUAAAGUUGAAUUAAGACUUUCCUAUAUAGAGUUCCUGAAUCUCCUUAAAUCUCUCUGUUUUCUCUUGCAACAAAACUCAUGGUGAUGUUGUCUAUACAAAGUUUGUUGCUUU